CAGCUGUCCCAACGCAUGAGCAACAUCUCUCUGUCCUCCGGCACGGACUCCGUGGGCCACAUGGGCCACUCCAGUCUCGCUAGCAGCGCCACCGUUGGCACCAACACCAUCACCAGCGGCAUUUCCAAGGAGUGCGCCAAUUACCCCGUCGGCAGUCAGUCGGCCCGUCCAUACGUCCAACUGCCGGGCAUACACAUUUCCAACCCUCCCCAGUACGGGCCAGGGAAUAUGCAGGAAAUAGACGCUGGCAAAAUGGCGCACAACGCCAAGGCACUCACAGGGCGCUACAAUGCCACGCCCACCUAUGGCUUCGACAACGAGCAGAACUACUGCCUGAAUUCCCAACAGUUGCCGUCUCCAAUGCCCCCUCCACCAUACGCCUUGGCACGCGUGAGCAGCACACGCAACUUCGAGCUCGAGAACCACACACCGCCGGCAUGUCCCGGCUCUGGACCCAUUGCCAUGACGAACGGCACCAUCCAGUUGCGCCUCCGCGAUGGCGUGCGCAUUGACCUGACUCUGGGCAAGGCGGUGCGCGUGCUCAAUCAGCGCAGCAUGGUGGCAGUUGCUCUAUCACGCAACUGCAGCAACUCGGCUUUGAUCCACCCCAAUGGACGCAUCUUGCAGAGCGGCGCUAAAGUCGAAAUAGUCACCUACGACGGCAUGAAGGGCAAUAACUUUGUUCGCUAUGCCAAGAUGUGGUACAAGGGUGUGAGCUUCACCAGCGAGGCGUGCGCUCUCAUCUACCUGGUGGACACAGCCGGGACGCGCACCACAACCGACACUUUCACCGAUCUGACCAAGGACUACACCCUGGCAGUGCUAUCCGACGACUCGCGGCAUGGUCCCUCUUAUAUGGCUGAAACCCAUGACGUGAUUGCCAAUUCAGCUUACACCUGUACCGAGGAUGACACUGAGAUCUAUGACAUAAACGGAUUUCGCAUCACCCAGGCAGCCGAUGGCCUGGUGAAGGUCACUCGUGUGGACAACAAGUGCUUGAUUCGCACCAGUCCCGGCAAUGGAUCGGCCACUUUGACCACACCUGGCAUCCAUUGCACUGCCUCUCUGGGCAAGACCUCGCACCUGUUUGUUCGCAACUCGGCUUUGAUCCACCCCAAUGGACGCAUCUUGCAGAGCGGCGCUAAAGUCGAAAUAGUCAGCUACGACGGCAUGAAGGGCAAUAACUUUGUUCGCUAUGCCAAGAUGUGGUACAAGGGUGUGAGCUUCACCAGCGAGGCGUGCGCUCUCAUCUACCUGGUGGACACAGCCGGGACGCGCACCACAACCGACACUUUCACCGAUCUGACCAAGGACUACACCCUGGCAGUGUUCUAUGACGACUCGCGCCAUGGUCCCUCUUAUAUGGCUGAAGCCCAUGACGUGAUUGCCAAUUCAGCUUACACCUGUACCGAGGAUGGCACUGAGAUCUAUGACAUAAACGGAUUUCGCAUCACCCAGGCAGCCGAUGGCCUGGUGAAGGUCACUCGUGUGGACAACAAGUGCUUGAUUCGCACCAGUCCCGGCAAUGGAUCGGCCACUUUGACCACACCUGGCAUCCAUUGCACUGCCUCUCUGGGCAAGACCUCGCAUCUGUUUGUUCGGUGA